AUGGCUAAAACUAAGAGCAAAAAAGGGCUGGCUGAUAAAGUGCGCAGCAAACAGAAGAACAAAACUAAACAACCACCAAACCCAUUUGAAGUCAAGGUGAAUAAAGUCAAGCACUCAGUGGUGAACAAACAUCUUCAGAAAUGGGAGAAAGGUAUUCCUGGAGUGUCGCGGUCAAAAGCUGUGAAAAUGAGGAAAGAUACCCUACUAAAAGAACUUCACCAUAUGAAAAAGGCCAAUUCUUUGCUUGACAAAAGAUUUGGUGAGAAUGAUUCAACACUUUCUGCAGAUGACAAGAUGGUACAGAGGUUCGCAUUGGAGAAAAAGAAACAGAUGAAAAAGGGUGACUUCAGUUUGAAUGACGAAGAGGAGGUGUUGACCCAUUAUGGCCAGUCACUUGUAGAGAAUCUUAAAGACACCAUUGGCUCAGAUUCAGAGGAGGAAGAGGAUGGCAAACUACGAAUGGGACAGUUCCAGUUUGGCGGGUUUUCUAAAGAAGGUGAUGAAGUGUCGUAUAAAGAUAAAAUGAAGGAGGUUAUUGCAGACUCCAAAAAGCAAAAGUAUGAGAGACAAGCAGAGAAAGAGAAGACAGUGGAAACAACAAAAGAACUUGAUAGCAGUUGGAAAAGUCUUGUGUCUAAUUUCAAACCUGUGAAUAACAACCAAACGGGCAAGAAAGUAACUGCUUUUAUGCAACUUUUCCAUAACCUUGUCAUGGAGCAGAAGUCAGCAGGGGCAACAGAUAAGCUGAAAACAGAAGAGGAGAAGGCUAAGGAAGAGGCAGAAAGAUUGAAACAGCUCGAGGCUCAGCGCAUAGCAAGAAUGAAAGGAAAAUCUAAGCAAACAAAAAGAACUCAUACCUCAGCUGAUGAUUUAAACGAUGGGUUUGCUCUUGAAAAACCAAAGCGUUCUGUGACCUUUGCUGGUCAGUCAGAGUCAGAAGAUGAGUCAGGUGACAGAGUGAACUCUCAGGACCAAGAGGCUUUAAGUGACACUGGUGACAAUAAUAAAGAAGCUGGUGGCAGUGGUGACGAGGAUAGUAAUGAUGAUGACGAUAAUAGUGACAGUGAUGAUGAUGAAGAAGACGAGGAUGGCAGUGAUUCUGACGACAGUUACUCAGAUUUGGCAUCAGAAAAUGAGAGUGAAAAUUAUGAAGCAGUGAGAGCAGUUGAGAAAACACUGAAAUCUAAAAAGGAAUUAAAACCUCGACCCAUUCUCAAAAAUACGGAGGGAAUUGAACGGUAUUCUGAUUUUCCUUUCUUUUUUCAUUGGAAAAGUGCCCCUGGCAGUUACAGUGAACUGAAAUCUCUCUUGCAUGGUCAUGCAGCCGAUGAACAGUCUACCAUUAUAUUACGGCUUCGCAAAUGCCACCAUCCUAGUCUUGCUGAGGGAAACAAGGAAAAACUUGAGACAAUUCAGCAGUAUCUAUUACAGUACUUUGGGGACAUUGUAAAACAGAAGCCAUUAGACCAAGUGCUAGUUGAUCAUGUGGUGUCACAUCUUUGGGAGAUGACCCAGACGUGCAACAUGUCCUCUGCCACAGCAAUCCAGAAUCUUCUGCUAGAGCACCACAAAGAGUACACAGCUCAGGCUGAGAGAAGGGACGGAAGGGGAACAUUUCCAGGCACUGAUACACUGAUGUAUUUGAGGCUUGUUGAGUGCCUGUUUCCUACUUCAGAUUUUCAGCAUCCAGUUACCACUCCUGCUAUGCAUUUCAUCACACAGAUGUUAUCAGAGUGUGUGUUAAGAAACAGCAGAGAUGUUGUUGCUGGCUUGUUCUUGUGCUCUUUGGCAUUAAAGUUUGUCGGCUUAUCACGGCGAUAUGUGCCUGAAGUUAUCACUUUUCUCCAUGGUCUUUUGUAUUUGGCAGCAGAAAAGAAUGCUGUUUCAGGCAUAAAGGUAUUUCCGCCCAUUAGAGCAGGUGGCAAGACAGUGGAUCUGUGCAUUAGACAAAAAUGCUCACAAGUAUCGCAGGAAUGGUCUCUGUCAGAUUUGUUGAAUAAGGAACCGACACAGUUGAAUGGAGACCAGUUUAGAUGUGAAGUCAUUAAUAGAUGCUUGGACAGUCUUCUGAUGUGCUUAAAGUUAUGGGAAGAUUUGCCCUGUGUAGAUUUAAUCUUUGAACCUUGUAUGAAGCCGUUGUCGCUGCUACCAAAACAUUUGUACCCAGCAGACAUGCAGGCAAAAAUUGAAGACUUGUCGCAGAAGAUGCUUGACAGUAAAUCAAAGACACUGAAGGUCAUGCAGCAGCCAUCCAAGAAACCGGUGCCUCUGAAACUGUUUGAACCAGAGAUCCAAGAAUUCUGGGCUGGUAAACGCAAAAAGGGAGGUCCCAACAAGGAUGUAAAUGAGCGCCAACGGUUGAAUCAUAAAUACAAAAAAGAACUGAAGUCAGCCAUCAGAGAAGUCAAGAGAGACAAUGAAGUUCUGGCCCGACAUCAGUUGGAGACUGUUCUACAAAAAAAGAGAAAGACCAAGGAUCUGAUGAACAGUCUGGCCAAUCAAGAAGGCGAUUUCAAAGCUAUGAAGAAGAUAAAAAAGUGA